UCCCGCAGCAACCUGCUCGGUUUCAGUCCACCAGCUGUCCGUUUGUCUUCCGCAGAGGUUUGUGUCAACUCGCCCUUUUGUGUCAAAUGCCGAAAACUCCAGAUGGGAAACUAAAUGCCGGAUGACUGGAAUAUUUCCUCCCGACUGAACUGGACUGUUUUCGGACACAGAGGGAACAAGAAAAAAGAAAACAAAAAACGGCAGCGCUAACGGGUGGUAACGUUAACAUGUUAGCCCCGGCACGGCAGGUGCAGCACGGUUUCGAAAACUAAUCCGUUACAGACUCAACGUGUGACACACAGACAGACUUUAAAUCAGCAAAACUCACCGCUUCAGCCCUCCACGAAGCCAACUUACAUACAACAUAAAGCAGCCCGGCACCUACAGAAGGCAAAGCUACACUUUGGGAAACGAGUGGUCUCCUCUUUGUCCCCUUUCCUUUCCUUUUUCCACACCCCUCCCUCUCAUUUGUUUCUCCUAUCCAAACCACCUCACGUUCUCCCCCCCUCUUUUGUCACUCUUUUUUCCUCUUCUGGGCCACAUCUGUCUGUCUCUUGCUUACAUCUAGUACAGUGACAUGGCCUCAGCUGAGCCACCACAGUCCAGCGUCCUCCAGGAUGAGCUCACCUGCCCGGUGUGCCUGGACUUGUACCGGGACCCCCACUUGCUUCCCUGCGGGCACAACUUCUGCAAGACCUGCCUUGAUCACCUAAAGCGGCAGGCAGAGCGAGGUCACUUCCGUUGUCCAGAAUGCCGCAACGGCCACCGGUGUGGCUUCAACUUUCAGAAAAACUUUAAACUCGCCAAUAUCGCCGACGACUACCGUCACAGGCGCAGAGAUCGGGCCGUACCUGCUACAGCUUUAAAAUCCAGGGAUCUGCCGUCGUCUUCACAUGUGCCACACCAAUCCAGGAACGGCUUUGCUGUGCCAUGUGACUACUGCCCUUCAGUCUCCACUGAGGCACAAGCAGCCGUCGACACUGUGGAAGGCUCUUCUGCUGCUCCUGCUUCUCAGGACAUGGGUGGCAGGCAGGGAGCAGCAGCUCCUGCCUUGAUGUUCGCAGUCAAGACGUGCCUGAAGUGCGAGGUGUCAAUGUGCCAGGAGCAUAUAAAGCCACAUCUGGAACUGCCGGCGUUCCGCAUGCAUCCUCUCACAGAGCCGAUGAAUGACUUCUGGAAGAGGAAGUGCCCCGAUCAUGAUGAGAUAUACAAGUACUACUGCAUUGACGACAAGAUGUGUGUAUGCAACGCUUGCACUAUAGAGGGAGGACACUCAGGACACACGAUCAAGACUCUGAAAAACGCAAUGAAGGAUUUUAAGGGGACACUGGAUAAGCAGCUGUACAGGGCAGGAAGGAAGUACAGCAUGGCGGAGAAAAAACUCCAGGAGCAGAAGGAGAAGGAGCGACACAAUAAAAAGUUUAUGGAUGACACCGAGCUGUGCCUGACCAGACUGGGAGAGGAGAUGAAAGUCAAAGUGCUCAGCUUCAUCGGCAGAUUGCGAGAAUGUGCACGCGCUCACUGUGACAUCAACGGGCCGACCAUUCAGAAGAACAUCUCCAGGAUCGGCCAGGACCAGGCCCGCCUACGUGAAGUCCGCUGUGGGAUUGAAAGCCUCAAUCAGGAGAACGACCCUUUCCGCUUCGUCGAGGCAUACAAGACAAAAGGAAAACUGUGCCGCAGGCAGCUAAGGAAAAACUUAUUUUACCCAGAGUACGUCGACAUGGAAACGGAGGGUGUCGGAAUGAUGAUGGAAGAGGAAAUGAGAAAAUUCCUCGACGAUGAGCUCCGGUGUCACAUUGUUGAUGCUGUCAAUUCCCUGUGCUAUGUUUCAGAUGCUGAAGAGGAGGAGGAGCAGGAUGAGAACGAGGAAGAGGCUCCAGAGGAGGAGGAAGACGACGACGAAGAUGAUGAUGACAUCGACGACAGCAGUGAAGAGGAAAUGAGGAGCGAGGGGGAGGAGGAGGAAGACGAUGAAGAGGAAGAUGGGGUGGGAGCACACGAUGACGAUUACAGCCCAGGGGAGGAGGAAGAGGAGGAGGAGGAGGAGGAGGAGGACGUUGAGGAAGAAGAAGAAGAAGAGGAGGAGGACGGAGAAGAGGAGGAUGAUGAAGAAAGAGGAGUUUAGGAGGAGAUGUGAUUUUCAUAUGCAUAUAUUUUUCCACCUAAUGAAGCACUUUGAAUUUGAUCCUUAACUGUGGAUGAGUGCAUCAGAUGAUAAAGUGCUCAUCUUUUCUCUGUGAAUGUGAAGAAAAGGACUUAUGGAGCUGCCACAGAUUGCCUCCAACCCUCACACAGCAUUCAGAGACGUGCGGGUUGGUAACAACUUCUGGUUCAGCUGAAACAAACUGAGCACCGAGACUCUGCCGAUAAUGAAUUUCAUGCUAAACCUGUGUCACAUACUGCUAAACCUAAUUCAGGUGCUUUAUAUUAGACUUAUUCACUGUACGUGAACGUGAAUGUAUAACGACUGAAUGCAAUCGGAAAGGUUCAUACUAAAUUUGGGAAACCUUUGCGUGUCUGUGAUGCCGGAUUUUCUAUGACUUUGCUGAAAAAUGUUACAAAAUGUGAGAAUUUUCCCGUUCACCUUGUUGAUAGAUUUGAUCUAGUUUGUUUGGAGAACUUUCACCUAAAUUUUUGAUACAACAGCAGGUUCAAAGAAAUGUGGGUCACAGACGCAGCCUCUGAAAUAAAUGUUGUAUUCCUCCAGUUUCCCAGUUUUCCGUCAUUGCAGAAAGCCUUUCGAUUAGUACUCUGAGGGUGACUGUUUCGGGAAGUUGAGCCUUCCAAGCCAAAGAGAUAAGGUUGUGAGUGAGUGUGUGCAUGCAUACUUUAGAGGUUUGUCUGCUUGGCAUGAUGUUAGGAAAAAGGAAAAAAAAAUGUGCUAACAGCAGUUUGCGUUUUGUGCUUUAAAAGCAGUUCAUGCAUUUACAACCAUUUAAAAAGAAAAAUAAAUGUUCCUAUGCACAGUUCAUACACUGUUCUUAAAAUACCAGUUUUAGGUGAUGUGGACUUUUGCACUUUACUACUGAGAAGGCUGUGGUACACCUGAAACAUUUGAAUGUUCAAAGCUCAUUUUCAUUUUGAUACAAGUGAUUUGAUGGGCCAAACUUCAGCUAUUUUAAAAAAAGAUAAUAAUAAAAGCCUGUUG